GCUAGAACACCCUUCAUUAAUUCGCAUGCCAUUAAUUUCUAUAGCUAUUCCUCUCAGCCGAGCCUUCUUCCACCUCUAAGGCGUGUCCCCUUCCACACCAGCCAUGGAAGGAGGCCUCACCUCCUCCACCCUACCCUUCCUGAUCUCCCUCGCUUUGAUCCUCCUUAUCAAAGCCAUCUUCUUCAAGGCCAAGCAUCCCAAGCCACACCUUCCGCCCGGCCCGAGGCCCAUCCCCAUCGUCGGCCACCUCCACCUCCUCCGCCCUCCCCUCCACCAAUCCUUCCACAAGCUGACGAGCCGCCACGGCCCCCUUAUCCACCUCCUCCUCGGAUCCACGCCCGCCGUCGUGGCCUCGUCGCCCGACACCGUGAGGGAGCUCCUCAAGACCCACGACCUCGCAUUUGCCAACCGCCCCCAGUACACGGCCGUCCGCCGCUUCGCCUACGACUCCGCCGGCUUCGCCUUCGCCCCCUACGGCCCCUACUGGAAGUUCAUGAAGAGGCUUUGCAUGUCGGAGCUCCUCGGCGGCCGGACGGUCGACCAACUCUCCCCGGUCCGGCGUACGGAGCUCCAUGCCCUCUUGCGGACCUUGCUCCACAAGGCCAGAUCCAGCAACCCCGUCGACAUCAGCUGGGAGCUGAUCAAGAUGACCAACAACGUGAUCACCAGAAUGACGGCGAGCUCGACGACUUCUGACACGGAGGAGGCGAGGAAGUUGGUGAAGCAGGUGGCCGAGCUCGUUGGGGUGUUCAACCUCAGUGACUACAUCGGGAUUUUCCGCAACUUGGACUUGCAAGGGCUGAACAAAAGGAUCAACGUGGUUCAUGAAAGGUUUGAUGCGUUCAUGGAGAGGAUCAUCAAGGAGAAAGAAGAGAUUAGGAAGAGAAGAAAAGAGAGAGGAGAGGGAGAUAAUGGUGUCAAGGACUUGCUUGAUAUCAUGCUCGACGUGUCCGAGGACGAGAAUGCUGAUAUGAAGCUAACAAGAGAGAACAUCAAGGGCUUUGCUCUGGAUAUUUUCACAGCGGGCUCUGAUUCGUCAGCCGCUACGGUGGAAUGGGCGCUAGCGGAGCUCAUCAACCAUCCAUGCAUUCUAAGAAAACUGAGGGAAGAGAUUGACAAAGCUGUAGGCAAGGACAGGCUCGUCCGAGAGAGCGACAUCCCGAAUCUACCAUAUCUUUAUGCUGUCGUCAAAGAGACUCUAAGGCUCCACCCGGCGGCGCCAUUGGCCAUAAGGGUAUCGGACAAGGAAGUGAAGGUGGGAGGCUACGAGAUUCCAGCCAAUACAAGCCUCUUUGUCAAUGUGUGGUCGAUCGGAAGAGAUCCCAACUGCUGGAAGGACCCGCUGGAGUUCCGGCCGGAGAGGUUCGCGGCGCCUAGAGAGGAUGGGCUCAGCUCGAUCGACUUCAGAGGGCAGCACUUCGAGCUGCUGCCGUUCGGGAGUGGCAGGAGGGUGUGCCCGGGGAUCUCGUUAGCUUUGCAGGUGAUACAACUGACGUUGGCUGCCUUAGUUCACUGCUUUGAGUGGAAAGUUGAUGGUAAAGAAGAAGAGAGGAGUGGAGGGCUGGACAUGAGCGAAGGUAUCGGCAUGGUGAUCCUUAGGGCUCAGCCUUUGGUGUGUGUUCCUGUUGCACGCUUGGACCCGUUCCCACCACUCGAUCCAUGAAAGCUAUUUGCCAUGGCAUGCUAAGGAGGCAUAUAUUUGUCUAUCCCAGAAGUUUUAUGUUUGCACUCUGGUACUGGUCUUGUAAUAUCCUCUGGAUAGAUCUCAUGGAGAUAAGUCGGGUUGUUUCAGUGUCUUGUUUUGUCCUUUAUUUAAACCAUGGUGAAGGUUAUUUAAAAUUGGAAUAAGUAUGCGAGUGCUGGAUUGGUUCUCUUUUCA